AUGGUCCAACCAGCUGCUGCCGACGCCUUGCUGCCACGCCGCCGCCUCAUGGAACACUCCAGAACGCCAGAUGGCAACCAACAGCCUUCCAUACGAGGACAUACAGCCACUGAGAGCAAGGAGACAACAACAGAGAACAAAGAUGAAAGAAGAAAAACGAAGGAAGACAGAAAGCUACCAAUGAUCCCAAUCAACAGCAAACCAAUAAAAAAAGAGAAGAGAAAAGAGAGCUUACUUUGUCAUCGGAGGCAUUUGAAACAUCGCCGGAAACCUUCGGAUUUCGAAGAAGUAUACACUGGAAAAUUAGGAAGUAAACCGAUAGAAACUCCUAUAGAAGUCAAGAAUAAGCUUGAAGACUCAAAGGAUGAUGAUAUGGCAGUUGACAGAAGUGUUUUUCAGAGACUGAUGGGAAAGCUUAUCUAUUUGUCACACAUCAGACCAGACGUAGCAUAUGUUGUUGGGGUUGUGAGCCAAUUCAUGCACAAUCCCAAUGAAUCACACCUAAGAGUUGUUGUCCAAAUUUUGCAGUACUUGAAGGGUACACCAGGCAAAGGAAUUCUAUUUAGAAGAGAUGGGAACUUGACUCUGGAAAGAUAUACAAAUGCAGAUUAUGUAGGAUCCAUAAUUGAUAGAAGGUCAACCUCAGGCUAUUUCACUUUCUUUGGAGGAAACUUAGUUAUUUGGAGAAGCAAAAAACAGAAUGUGGUGGCUAGAUAA